AUGGCAAUGAGACUUCCCGUCCGACCGUUCACCCUCACGACGAGGAUACGGGCCGUGCGCUUCACGUCCACGGCGUCCAACCUCUCCGACGCUGUGAAGAAGACCAUCACCAGAGACGCAGGGCUUCCCAAUCCCGACCCGGGCGCCGACUCGCCGUCGGCCGCGCUCGUCAACGACCACGCCGCCUACAUGGUGGCGACGUACGCGCGGCCGCCGCCCGUGUUCGUCCAGGGCGAGGGCUCGUGGCUGUGGGACAUUGAGAACAGGAAGUAUCUCGACUUCACGGCCGGCAUAGCCGUCACGUCGCUGGGCCACGGCGACGCCGAGUUUACGCGGCUCCUAACGCAGCAGGCCAAGACGCUGAUGCACGCGUCAAACUUGUACUAUAAUCCGUGGACGGGCGCGCUGUCCAAGCUCCUGGUCGAGAAGACGCGGUCGUCGGGGGGCAUGCACGACGCCGCGAGGGUGUUUGUGUGCAACUCGGGCAGCGAGGCCAACGAGGCGGCUGUCAAGUUUGCCCGCAAGACGGGCAAGGUGGUGGACCCGGCGGGCGGCAAGACGGACGUGGUGUCGUUCAGUGGCGCCUUUCACGGGCGCACCAUGGGCGCGCUGUCGGCGACGCAUAACCCCAAGUAUCAGGAGCCCUUUGCGCCCAUGGUGCCGGGCUUUGUGGAGGGCAGGUUCAACGACGUCGGGGGCAUCCGGGACCUGGUUACGGAGAGGACCUGCGGCGUGAUAGUCGAGCCGAUACAGGGCGAGGGCGGCGUCGUGGCCGCCGAGGAGGGCUUUCUCGUCGCGCUGGCCAGGAGGUGUCGCGAGGUCCGGGCCGUGCUUAUCUACGACGAGAUCCAGUGCGGCAUGGGGAGGACGGGCUCUCUCUGGGCGCACGGCGGCCUGCCCCGGGACGCGCACCCGGAUGUCGUGACGAGCGCCAAGGCGCUGGGGAACGGGUUCCCCGUCGGUGCCGUGGUGGUCAACGACUUUGUGGGCGACAAGAUCAAUGUUGGCGAUCAUGGGACCACGUUUGGCGGCAAUCCCCUGGCGUGUCGGCUGGCGCAUUACCUCGUCGAGAGGCUUUCUGACCCCGUGCUGCAGCAGGGGGUUCUCGAGAAGUCGGAGCUGUUCAGGGAUGGGUUUGCCAGGCUGAAGAAGAGGUUUCCGCAGCUGGUCACCGAAGUCAGGGGUCGCGGACUGAUUCUGGGCUUGCAGUUGACCGAGGAUCCCGGUGCCAUUGUCAAGGCCGCCAGGGAGAGGGGGCUGUUGGUCAUUACGGCGGGGACGAACACUUUGCGAUUUGUGCCGAGCCUGGUGGUUACCGGUGAGGAGAUUGCGCAGGGCUUGCAGAUCUUGGAGGACGCCAUUGCUGCGACGAGGUAG